AUGUGGCAUUUAUGGACUAAGAUGAGAGUGUCUAUGGGAUAUCCACCAAUUAAGGGCCCUAGAUCAGUUUACGAUCGGAUCGCAAUUAUUGGAGCCGGAAUGAGUGGAGUACAUAUGGCCUCUUUGCUAAAGGAACGUGGUUAUAAAAAUAUCAAAGUUUUUGAAGAAAGACAAGAAGUUGGAGGAAAAGCUUAUUCACGAUUUUAUAGAGGUGUAUGGAUGGAGUUUGGUGCAGCUUUUCUCAGUGAAAUUUAUGAUCAGAUUGUCAAUUUAUUAGAGAGAUAUAAUGUUGGAUUCACAGUCGUAUCCAAGAGUCCCAUUUCAAUUUGGGAGAAUGAUUAUGAAGACACCACUGUGAGGGACAUCCUGAUUAAAAGAUCAGGAGAAAGAACACCGCAAGCGGCACUCCGCAGUAUCCAAGCCGCUGUGGCGAAGUACGAUCGAAUUCACCGGUGUUUGUUUGGAAACUACUCUAGCGAACUCAUGCCUCGACCUAUUCCCGACGUUCUCCAUGAAAUUAGAGGGACUUUCCUAGAUUUCUUAAGGCGAAACGAUUUAUUAUUACUGGAACCGAUAUUCAGUACUGUUUUGUCAAAAAAUGGAUAUGGAUAUCUCAACCAAACUUCAGCUAUAUACGGGCUUGUUUGGGUUCCUCCACAAUCAGUUAAUAGUGCUUUCAAACCAGAAAAUGGGAUAUGGCUUCUCCGUGGCGGGUUUCAGAGGCUUGUUUUCGAGAUUGCUAAACAAAACAAAUUAGAUAUACAUUUUGGAGUUAAUAUCAAAAAUAUUCACAGAAUAAUAGGACCAUCAGGUAUUUACAUAACACAUACAUCACAGGGGGAUCCAAAAAUUUUAAGGGAGCGCUUUGAUUUUUUGAUUCUCUCGCCAGCGAUGAAUUCCUUGUUUAAUAUCGUAGAUUUCAAUUUAAAUGAACUGAAAGUUUUUAGCACAUUAGUGAAUUCCUACAUUGUUGCAACUUUGAUCGAGUCUGACAAUGGACGACGUGGUCGUGAUCCACAUAUGGACUUCACCACAAGCAUUGAGCCGCCAUAUUCUGUCGAAGGGGGUAUCAAUUUCUAUCAAGCCAAGAAAAACAUCACUGGUGAUGCCCAUCGUCUUGGAAUUCGAGAAAAUGGUCCGGAUGGGCGGCCACAGGAAACUGUUAUGUACCAACAAUAUGGCUUUGAAAAUCCCUUCUCAAAGGACAUGGAUUUGAUCAUCCAAUCAAAAUUAUUUGCACAUUUGAGAUUAUUUGAUAAACGUAAUCCAAAGAUUUUAGAACAAAUUAAGUGGGGAUAUUAUUUUCCUAGGUUUCCCCCCAAAGAGGCCGACCGUGGCUAUCAUUGGGAUGUUUUAGAUAUGCAGGGAAAGUUCAACACGUGGUACAUAGGUUCCUCGGUCUGCUUUGAAAGCAUGGAAAGUGUAGUAGAAUAUAAUAAUUUAUUGAUAAAAAUAGCAGGUAUGUAA